GAAUGUCUCAAUCCUAAUGACUAAUGAGAAGAAACCAACCUCUAUCCUCAUCAUUUCUAGUACCUAUCCCUUUAUAAGUCUGUAGCUUCAAUUGGUUGUAUGUGCUUUAUGAAAAGCUCGGGUAAAUAUCAAUCCGCUGAUUAUUGCACACAUAGCUUCUCAGAUGAAUGUUGAAGCAGCCCGAUCGGGUUGAAUUUGAUUGGAACGGUGCGUUUACUUCAAGGAUCGGAGGGUAUGUGAUGGUUCUCCCAUUAGAUCUUCAGGACUUCCUUCUUCGAGCUCGGGUACUCCAAUUAUACAGAAACGCUCUCAGGACUGCAAGAAGAGCUCCUAUUGAUGCUAGAGGGACUAUAGGUGUCUUUAAGCCUCAAUAUUAUUAUGAACAUGCAUUUUCUCCCUUAGUAAUGGAACAGAGCAAGUCAAAGAGUCUGUUCUUUAGAUGGGGGCUCCAAAGUGUAGUGUUGGGCACUUCUAAAGUAACUUCCCUACUACAUCUUACCUAGCCGACCAACUUAACUUCAUUGCACAUAGUAUCUUAAUAUGAAUGUUUAUCGAAAAGUUGACCAUACGCUAAGAGUGGGUCCAGUCCCAUGUUCAGAAGGGAUCUGCUCAAGCCCCUGCUAGGCAAAUAGGCUGCAGUCUGCUGCUCGUAGCCCCCUUGCAGCAAUUUCAAGAGCAAUGGUGCUGCCAACUCUAGAGUAGAAAUUUAUUUGGUUAUGCCAGCUUCAAGUGUGAUUCAAGAAGCUAUUUCAGUGUGGUCUUUAUUUUUCGUUUUUUUUUUUUGUUUUCAAAAAUGUCAGCAAUAAUAAUAUAUGAAUGUCUACUAUAUAAUGAGAGCUUUUGGGAGUUUUUGUUGACACCUGCCAGUUGAUGUUGAUCCAUUCAAUGCGUUACAUGACUCUACUAGAUAAUAAAAAUUAUUCCCUCC